AGAAAUUUCCGUCGCCAUCCUAGGAAACAUAAACUCGCUUCCGGGACAACUGCGGGUCAGACUGAGGGGGAGUUAAACCUACAAGACUUCAAAAUGCUGCUACGAAGGGUGCUGCACAUUGGAGGAUUGACACUGAAACACAGCAGAUCCAUCCAUCACAGUCCUGCAUGGCGGAGUCCUUUAAUACCCAUAGUUGUGGAGCAGACGGGGAGAGGAGAACGAGCGUAUGACAUCUAUUCUCGCCUCCUGAGAGAGAGGAUCAUUUGUGUAAUGGGUCCCAUUGAUGACUCCGUAGCCAGUCUGGUUAUUGCCCAGCUGCUCUUUCUUCAGUCAGAAAGCAACAACAAACCCAUCCACAUGUACAUCAACAGCCCUGGCGGUGUGGUGACAGCAGGCCUGGCCAUUUACGACACCAUGCAGUAUAUCCUUAAUCCCAUCUCCACCUGGUGUGUUGGCCAGGCAGCCAGCAUGGGCAGCCUGCUCCUGGCAGCGGGAUCGACAGGCAUGAGGCAUUCACUGCCCAACGCCCGCAUCAUGGUCCACCAGCCCUCAGGAGGUGCCAGGGGUCAGGCCACAGACAUCGCCAUCCAGGCUGAGGAGAUCCUUAAACUGAAGAGACAGAUCAACCACAUCUACGCCAAACACACGGGACAACCGCUGGAAACCAUCGAGAGUGUGAUGGAAAGGGAUCGCUACAUGAGCCCCAUGGAGGCGCAGGACUUCGGUCUCAUCGACCGGGUCCUGGUCCACCCGCCUCAGGCAGGCCAGGAUGAGCCUGAGCUGGUGCAGAAAGAGCCGGCGGCGGCAGCCAGUCCCUCUCCGGCACCGGAGUCUUCAGUCCCUGAACCGGCCUCCCCAGGGACAAAUCCCCCUUCCUCGUACAAACCUGAGCCAUGAACCGAGCGCGGCAGAACUCUCUGAGUCCUGCACACAUUUGUUGAAAGUCUGGAGAGCAAGGCCGAGCCUCCAUGGUGUGUUUCUCUUGUCUUAAGUGGCUUCCAUCUUCCCCCUACAGUAUCAACACUAUGCAGUCUACUCAUAUGGUGGCUUCAUUCACACCGGUCAGAAAGUGAUGCGUCAGGGUUUUUUAAUUAUUUUUGAGAUGAUGAUUCCUGCAGUCUGUGAAAUAAGUCAGAGAAAUGAUGGCUAAUGACUGAAAAGUAGCAGUAAUUAGUCAUCGAUCCGACUCCACACAGUCUCUAUUACUCAACUCUGUAGGAAACAAAUGGAUCUCAGCUGAGUCCAUCUUUAGUGUGUACAAUGUGAAAGCAAUGCAGGAUGAGGUGCUCUACUGUAGGUUAGGAGAGGGGAAGCCUGUUAAGACUAUGGAGCCAUCUUGUUCUGUACCUCCUCGCUGCAGAAACGUCCACUGAAGAGUGGGCAGGACCUGUAUUUGCAUAUUCAUAUUUUUUAAUAAAUAUGAUCAUUUUGACCACAAUUCACAAAA